GUGAUAAACUUAACUCUCACACGCUCUUUGAUUCUCUCUAAAACUCCCUCUAUCUUUCUUCUCCUUCAGUUCUUUUGUUUGUUUUUGGCUCUCCACAAAGUUUUCUUCAUCUUUGAUAUCACUUCAAAAUCAAAAGGCAGUUUAGAAAUAAAGUGUAGCUUUGAAGAUGCUGAGAAAUUGGGUGAAUACUAAUGGUGUUGCUGCCCUUCUAACUCAAUUUCAACUGCUGCUUCAAUUCCCUCCAAAUAAUCUCUUCUUCUGGCGCAUCAUCACAUCUCAAACCCAGUUUUAAAGGCGAAAUUCUUAAAACAUUUUAUUUACACAAUGAUGUGAAACGCUUUUGCUUUCUACAAAGCUAUGCCACUAACUCUCUAUUUGGCGUUUCGUUUUCUGAUUGAUUAUUGGUUUCAUUUUGGAAGAGUGUGUAGGUGCUCACCCUAUUGGCCUGGCAACGUGCGCAUUAUUUCGAUCACGCAUUCACAAUGACUCCCAACAUUGAUCCCUCAUUUGCGCAAAGCAAGUCAUUGUGAAUGUGUGUUCGAAAAAAUGUGCACUUUAGUUAUAGUAUGCUGCAGAUUCUUCUGAGUUUUUCAAACACUCCUCCAAAUCUAUGAUCAAGUCUGUCACACAAUGUUCGGGGGAAAUAAGGAGCAGUUGCAGAAAUGUCAACUGAAAAAGAAAUUGUAAAAGGAAUAUAGCUACCAUUUUCAUUACCAUUAUCUGCCUCAUUUCACAACUUUGUCAUUAUCUUUUAGCUUCUUUCACAUCACUCCUGCAGAACAUAGGUAAACUUAUCCAUGGCUGAAGCUUGUUCCCUUUUACUUCUGCUUGUCUUUGUUCUCUCUGGUGCACCUGUUGAAGGCCGCCAUGGGAGUAAACUCUCUCAGAAUUACUACAAAUCCACUUGUCCCGAAGUAUUCUCCAUUGUCCAAGCUGAAGUUGAAGCCGCUUUAAACAAGGAACCGCGCAUGGGGGCAUCUUUGCUCCGCUUGCAUUUCCACGAUUGCUUUGUUAAUGGUAGCGAUGGAUCAAUUUUCUUGGAUGACAAUGCAACAUUCAUCGGUGAGAAAACCGCACCGCCAAACGUAAACUCGACCAGAGGAUUCAACGUUGUCGACGUCAAAGCUCGACUGGAGGAUGCAUGUCCAGGAGUAGUUUCUUGUGCAGAUAUUUUGGCAAUCGCAGCACGAGACUCAACUGUCAUACUAGGAGGUCCUUCGUGGAAAGUUAAGCUAGGGAGAAAGGACGCUACCACUGCUAGCAAUGCUGCUGCAACAGAGUUCAUCCCUAGACCGAACCUGAAUAUUAGUGCUCUUGUUUCAAGCUUUGAUGCUCAAGGACUCUCAUUGAAAGAUUUGGUGGCACUUUCAGGUGCUCACAUUAUUGGCCUGGAAAAGUGCGAAACAUUUCGAGCACACAUUCACAAUGACUCCAACAUUGAUCCCACAUUUGCCAAGUCCCUGCAACGCAAAUGCCCCAGAGCCGGAAAAGGUAACAUUCACCAACAGCUUGACUUACAGUCUCUAACGUCUUUCGACAAUUCUUACUUUAAGAAUUUGUUGAAGAAGAAGGGUCUUCUCCGCUCCGAUCAAGAGCUCUUUAGUGGAACCUCUGCUGAUUCUUUGGUUAAGAAGUAUGCUGCAGAUUCUUCUGAGUUUUUCAAACACUUCUCCAAAUCUAUGAUCAAGUUGGGUAAUAUCAAGCCUCUCACGGAAAGUUCUGGUAAAAUUAGGAUCAAUUGCAGAAAAGUCAACUGAAAAGGAAAUUGUAAAAGGAUUGUAGCUACCAUUAUCUGUCUCAUUUCACAACUUUGUCAAUAGCUUUUAGGUUGUUUCACAUUACUGCUGUAGAACAUUUGGUAAAAUCUUACCAGAAACAGUGAAUUUAUUUUUACUUUCGUGAUUGCUUAAA